CGUUAAGUAACCAUCAGUAACCAAUAGCUGCAGCUCCUUUCUUGUGACCGCGCGCAGCGUCAGACCUGCUGCACGCUGCGUUCGAGGAGACUGAUGGCACAGCGCUUCAGGCAACGCCACAAACCUGCACCUACUGUACAGUACAUUCAAGAUAGGGUUUAUUCUCUGUGACUCAAUAUCUGUUAUUUGGAGAUGAAAUCACAUUGACGGCAAUAAUCAUCCCUUGAUUUUCCUGGCCUUAUGUCGACAUGGCAACAGGAAGGAAAAGCUCCACUUCAAAAGGUGGAGUACGUUUCCCUGAUGAUGACGAAGAUGCUCCCAUUAACAAUAGCUGUGAUGAAAAGCUUCAGGAUAAACUCAUUACUGCUCUACCAGAGCCUGAUGGUGCAUAUCUUGUUAAGGUGGGAUUUUUAAGGAGCCAUCACAAAUAUGAAAUCAUCUUUUCUUUGCCCCAAGUCCCAACAAUGGGCAAAGAUGUCACCCUUUCCCCUGCGCUUCGUACUACGGCAAAACCACGGCUACGUGCAACACGCAUCACUCCACGCCCUGAGGGGGGAGUGAAGGUGGUUUGUGAGUAUAUCGCUCAUCAGGAGGGAGUGGUACAGGAGGAACUCACCCUGGUCAACAGAAGCAGAAGGGACAGCAGCAUUAAAGUUAGAUUACAGGCCAGAGUUAUGGAGCGCCACCACGGGACACCAAUGUUACUUGAUGGAGUGCGGUGUGUUGGUGAAGAAAAACACACAAAAUAAUGACACAAAGAUGUGGCUAAACCAGUUUGUGUAAAUGAUGGUAAUAAACUGAAAAGAAUGCACAUGAGAAUGUGAACAAACCAUGUCACCCCUAUCCUGGAAGAUCACAGGUUCAGCUGAUUUGUUUCUGCAAUAACGCAAAAAUAGAGCCUCUAUUUUAGAGGCUGCUUAUCACGUAUGCUAAUGGAAUCACAAAUUUGACUUAAGUUUUUAAGAGAGUUGUAAAAGUCAUGGGUUUUUAUUACAGCAGAAUUUAAUUAAAAAGCAAUUUAAAGAGAAAAGCAAUACCAAUGCACCUGGUCAAGGAUAACAUAUGUCAGAAGUUCAACUUAGUUCAGCUAUGUGCUGUUUGGUAGCCUGAGUAUGAGUAGUUAUUAAUUCACUAACAUUCACGCUAGAAUUUUACAUGAAGCUUCUAAUUUGGUUCAGCUUGUUACUGUAUUGAAUUUAAAGUGUGAUUCAAGAACACUCAACCUGCUCUAGUUAUUUUGCAAGUGCUAACUGAACCUCAUCAUAGUAUUGCCUGAAGAAAAGAAUGUAUGCAUAAUCAUGUGCAUCAUAUACAGUGUGUAUACAUAAUUAAUAAUUAUAUAUAAUCAUAUUUUUAUUCUAGAAAAAGUCAUUAUUUUUUAUCUUCUUGUCACAUAUAUGGAAAUAUAUUAGACCAAGACACUGGACUCCCACAGGAGGUAAUUUUAAAGAGGACCUAUUAUGCUCUUUUACAAAGUCUUGAUUUUGUUUUUGGAGUCUGUUAAAAUUGGUUUUCAUGCUUUAGGUUUUCAAAAAAAAAAAAAAAAAGCACUAUUUUUCACAUAUUUGAUAUUGUUGCAGCACCUCUCUUCUCAGUCUGUCAGUAACGCUAUGGAGUGCGUUUCCCGCGUUUUACAAUGACGUAACUCGAUGCUUCGCUACCAUAGUACGAUGCAUCGUUGAGCAAAUCAACUAGCUAAUCACGGCUGUUUCCUGAAACCGUAUUGUCGCAAACCUGUCGUUCAGCUACGUUGGUGAAUGAUGUCACGCAGGUGGUGGAGUAAUAACUUAUUGGAGAUCGAAUCAAUGCUAGAUUUUUUUUUACUAUAAAUUACAUACAUGGCAUCUGAUGACUAUUUCUCAUUUUUCUCAGUUAUUUUGCUUUAUUUCCAGAUUCAAUCAUAGGCUCGUUCUAGAGCACAUACGCACAUGCGUGCUCUUCAAAAACGGUGCUUAAAAUCUCCUGACAAACUAAAAUAUGUAAAUGAUAUUUGUAUAUAUUCAAAAUAAAAGAUAUACAUUGUACUUAAUGUCAGCUUGCUUAUUUUGCUCAAGAUAAGGAUUUAUUAAGUCCACAUGUCAUAAAAACAAGAAACAAUGCUUGCAACCACAGCUCGAGAGAAGUUUGCGAUGCAGUUUGUGAAUGUUUGUUUAAACUAUGGUUUCGGGAAACACAAAAUCAUUGAAAUAUGUUAGUAACGACAGAACUUGCAAUGUUAGUUGGCUAACGAUGCUUUUGGGAAAACACCCCUGUUUAGUUUCUUCUUCCGAAAAGCUCAGUGUGCUCUGAUUGGCUGGACCAGUGCGUUGUGAUUGGUCAACCGCUUUGAGUGUGUUUCGGAAAUGCCACGCCCCUUUCAACAACUACUAAUGUAACUCAACCAGACCUGGCCCUAUUAUUUUGCAUAUGUCUUGGGUGGGAGUUAUUUAAAUGAGAGAUAUAGUGAUGUGUACGCUCCCGAAAGAAAACUAAUCAAGACUACAAACAAUGCUUACUGAUAUAGAGAAUAACUCCCUUUGGAGUGGACAUUGUGCUCUUUAAACUGCAGACAUUUUUCAUGCUCAAACAGCAACAUUACACACAAAAGAAAAUUGACAAUGUAAUAAAGCAUAUAGGUCCACUUUAACUUCUGUAGAAAACACUUACUGCUAAUUUUUUUGCAGACAUAGAUGCUCUUUGGACCAAGACACACAAAAGUCACAGUGUAUUUAUGAGUAUUAGUGACAUUUUCUCUGACGCUGCAGCUUAAAAUUGCAAAUUUGACUAUGAAGUUGACAAAUAUGAAGUGAGGCAACACUUUUUAAAUGCCAGUCGAGAUGUAAUAUUGCAAAUUCUCAGCUUUUAUAUUUGAGAGAUCUGGUAUUUUAAUUUGACUAAUAAGCUUCCAAAAUAUUUUAUGUAUAUUUUAAUAGGGUGAUUGCUCUAUAUAGUUUUUGUUGAGGGCAGUAACAAGAAAUGUCUUGUGCAAAACUAUAUUCUCAACUAAUCUUGGCUUGGGCCAGGGAAGUAGCACCUUCUAGAAACACUAGAUGGUGUUGCUGCCUGUGUUCACACAACAGGGAAAAUCAGGGGUUUGGAAUACUAAUAGAAGGUGUUUGUAUUAUGGUGUGUGUUCUGUAUAUACAUAUGUGAAAAUCACUUAAAAUGGUUUUAAUUGACCAAUAAAAGCCAUUCAUGAAUUAUAUAUCUUGCCAAACCAAAUAAAAGAAAAUUCCCAAACUUUA